CAACACAAGUAGUCGUAGUAGUGAUAAAUCAGUGAAACUUUUAUAUUACAUAUCUCAAUCUCUUCCUAGUCUCAUCAGGUCCUUAUUUGCCAAUAAUAUGAACAGCCAUAGCCUCUUGUCCAUUGAUGGAGGAAACACUUCUUGUUCCUCCUCUCUAUCUCCCCUCCUUAACUUUCAGCCAACUGAUACCAACACAAGCUUCUGUUUCAGACCAUCUCAUUUCCCUAAUGGAUCAUUCUCCAGGUCUUCUGCCUUCUGCAACUUAUCCUCAUCUUCAAGCUCUGACACUCAGAAACACCUCGGGACCACUCUUCCCUUCCUUCCAAAUCCUUCCACCGUAAGCUCUCCAGCUGAGGAUCUUCUGAGCAUUCCAUUUGAAGAAGUAGACACCUCUUUUCUUUCCCUUUCUGAUGAAGGUUUUCAAGAUCUUGACGACUUUUCCUUAUCCGAGGAGCAAAUGGAAUUGCAGUUCUUAUCUGAUGAGUUGCAGUUAGCCAUCACAGACCGUGCACAAACCCCCAGGCUUGAUGAGAUCUACCAAGUGAGUGGAUCGAGUCCUGGCCAAAACUGUGUUCCUGCAGCAAUGCCUGUUUUAUCACAACAGCCUUCUCCAGGAUCAGGAGUUCACCAGAAACCAAGAAUGAGAUGGAGUCCUGAGCUCCAUGAUUGUUUUCUAGAGGCUGUCAAGAAGCUUGAUGGACCUGAGAAGGCAACCCCAAAGGCUGUAAUGAAGAUGAUGAAUGUGGAAGGUUUGACAAUCUAUCAAGUGAAAAGCCACUUGCAGAAAUAUAGACUAGCCAAGCAUAUGCCAGAGAGAAAGGAAGAGAAGAAGACUAGUAGUAACUCAGAAGACAAGAAACGAGCUUCCAGUACCAGUGAAACAGAGGGUAGAAAGAAAGGAGCCAUACAGCUAACGGAGGCUCUCAGAAUGCAGAUGGAAGUGCAGAAACAAUUGCAUCAACAGCUAGAGGUACAGAGAUCACUUCAACUAAGGAUAGAAGAGCAAGCUAAAUACUUGGAGAAGAUCUUGGAUGAACAGCGCAAAGCAGCCACCACCUCCAUACAAGAAUCCAAGCUUUCAUCAUCAUCUAUUGCUAAAGAUGAUGAAUGUGAAACUUCCCCGAAACGUCCAAGGCUUGAGAGAACUGAAUGAACAUCCCACGAGCUAGUUUUUUUUUUUACGCCUCUCAGAUCUCUCUAUUAUUUUUGAUGUAAAUAUGUGUUUUAUUUGGUAGAUUAUAGCUCAACCCGUUGGUGUUUACUACUAGUAAGACUAUGUAUAUAUUGCCAAAUUCUUAUCGUUAUUUUACAAAAGAAUCAAUAAAACAAAAGAUUUGGAAA